AUGGGGCAGUGGUUCGAGUUUAUAAACUUUGACAAGCAUCAGGUCCACGAGCCCCCAAUGCGAAAAUUUGGGGACCUUGGAGGCAACGGCAUUGUAUCAAAUCUCAUGGCUCUUGAGCCAUAUCCCAAGCUCGAUACCGCGCUCACGCGAAUCUUUCUCGGGUACAACCCGUCGAAGGCACUGCUCUGUAAUAGAGCCGAGCUCGGCCGUUUGGGCAAGUGGCCCGUCGAGCUCAUCGCCCUUAUAUUUGACGCAACUGACCUAGACGGGGCGAUCAUGCUCUGUGUCACCCACGCACAGCUCUUCGCAAUCGACUCACUCCCGGCCGGCUUUCUGUCGCCUGCGGAGAAGUACCGCCUCAUGAAGUGGGGGAUUGCGCGCAAGGGGGCUGUCAAUGAAGAAGCCGAGGGCGAGCCGUUGGAGGAUGUUACUGGCACAACUGAUUCCGAGGAUGAGGCUGAAGGGGGCCUUGAAGCACGGGAACGUCAGCGCGAUGAGUCGCUCGCAAUGUACAAAGAUCAAAGCUUCCAUCUGUACACGUAUGGGAGGGACAUGCCUUCGCUGCACGGCGCUUUUCGCGCAAGCGAGUGGUCGCACGAACUCGAAUACAAGCGUAUCCGCAGGAUGACAAGUUCCCGUAUAGACGUCGAGCGCAUUCACCGGACAAGGAGGCUCAUGUACUUCAAUCCGUACAACCCACAUUUGCGGCGCAUCUCGUACAACGACAAUGCAGCAGUGCUCAUCAACAUCACGAAGCGUGAGUUCGUACCAGCCGUGGACGAAGAGGGGAAGUGGGUACUUGAUAUCGCGAUUCCGGUGCUCAUUGUAUGGGGACAUGAUGAUGGGUAUGGGGACAUGAUGAAGGGAAAAUGGGCUGGCGAUCGGCUGGCAAUUGUUCCGGCAGAGGAGCUGGAGGCGCGGAUGCAAGAAGAGGAUGGCUGGACGGAGAGAAAGGAAAGAUGGGCAACCGAACCGGCUUGA